GCGCUAAUGCAGCUUAGCAACAAUUGAGUAUAACAACCACCUGCACACAGGGAGCGUGACAUUCACGCGGUAGAAGGGGGAUGAGGGGUGUUGGAGGUCCCUUAUUGUGCAUCAGCGAUCUGCUAAGCGACGUCGCUGAAGAAACUUCCGGCGUUCCCCACGACCACGCGCCACCAUCCGACGCCGCCGACGUUUCUAAGCUGCCGCCGACUGAUAUCCCCAAGCUCUUCCAGGAAAACUUCAAUGAACUGAAAGGGGCACUUGAGGGUGGAGACCACUCUUGGACAGCUCUUACACUGAAGCUAUGUUCCGCACUUGAAACCGCAAACAAAUUGGUCGACUCAAGCAAUUCUAGUGUCACCUCCUUGUCCAAAAAGGUCGAUGAGCUGGAACGAAUCGUCAACCGAAGAGAUUCUGCUAUAACAGCCGCCAAAGAAAUCCAAGGUUCUCUUAAAUUAUACGACCAAUUAUAAUUCGUGGUAUAAUGCACUAUACGUAUGUCGGUCGAAACGAGGAUUCUUGCUCUCUUCAAUACAUACAUACAUAUAUAGUUUUGUAAUAACAGUCUGAUUCAUCCAAUUACUUUUAAUGGGCUUUCUUACAUUAUGGUAGCCUCAAUUAAAACCCUUGGUGGUGGGCCUUACCUAACUUAAUAUUGGGCUCUGUCCCUCUUGGGCUAUAAAAGUAAUAUAUUAUUAUUAUUA